ACAGGGUAGCAGAAAAUGCUGAUCACAGAAAAGAGCUUUACCUCCUUUAGCUUCUCUUCUUAUCUUGUUCGCAAGAGCAAUGGAAGGAGAUUCAGACCCAUAUGGUCCAAGAAAAGAGAUUUAACUGAAAAUUCAAGAACCCAACCAGAGCCAAUCUUCCCUUUGAGAGUCUCCAAUGUCUUAAUAGCUCGAUCUGCUGUUGCUGUCUAAGCAUUGGGCUUCAUUGAUGCUGGGUAUAGUGGAGAUUGGUCAAGAAUAGGGGUGAUUUCUAGAGAGAAUGAGGAGUUACUGAAGACUGCUGCUUUUUUUGUUGUUCCUCUGUGUGUCUAUCUCAUAUUUUCUUUAUCUAGUCAAGAGGAAGCUUGAAAUUACAAGUCAUGAAGGAUAGCACUUGAUGAGAUUAUGCAAAUGAUGUUUAAAUUGUCAGAGUUACAAAUUCCAUUCUUUAGUUAUUUUGCAAUCCAGUUAUGUACUUUUACCUUCA